AUGGAUUCAAAAAAUGAAACUGUACUGCCGCAAGCUGUAGUUUCUUCAUCUACAGAAGAAGGUUCCAAUUAUUUAAACGUGAAGAAAGAAGGUGAUGAUUCGAAUCAAAAUUUGUUAAUUACGAAUACAAAUCAAUCUGUUAUAGAUAAGAAUGCAUAUAAACAAUAUGAGAGUGUUACAAUAGAAGAAACUCAACAAGUUCAACAGCAGCUAGAGCAACGAGUCCCACAACAGCAGCAGGUCCCACAACAACAGCAGGUCCCACAACAACAGCCUAUUUUCCCAAUAGAUACAUACGUCCCAGGACAUAUUGUUGAGGUCGGUAUUCAUAAAGUGGAAAUUAUCAAAUAUUUAGCUGAAGGUGGUUUUGCAAAGAUAUAUGUCGCAAAAUUUCUCCAAUACAUUAAGCAAAUAGAUAUCAAUAAAAUUCAAGUUCUACAACCAGGGGACUUGAUUUGUUUGAAGAGAGUGCUAGUAACAGAUGAUAAUGGUCUGAAUGAAAUGAGAAAUGAGGUAAGCGUUAUGAAAAAAUUGAUUGGGGCUCCAAAUAUUGUUCAAUUGUAUGACUCCAAUGCAUCAAGAAGAACAGAUGGGAUUGCUGGUUACGAAGUGUUGUUGUUAAUGGAAUUAUGUUCUAAUAAAUCGUUAUUAGACUAUAUGAACCAAAGAUUAGCUGUAAAAUUAACUGAACCUGAAAUUUUAAAAAUUAUGUUUGACGUUACAUUAGCUGUUGCUCAAAUGCAUUAUUUACCAAUUCCAUUAAUUCAUAGAGAUAUCAAAAUUGAAAAUGUGUUGGUUGAUUCCCAAAAUAACUUUAAACUGUGUGAUUUUGGGUCUACGUCGACUUGUAUGCCAAUUGCAACAACUCAUCGUGAUAUGGCAGCUCUUACACAGAACUUGUACGUACAUACCACCCCACAAUAUAGAUCUCCUGAGAUGAUAGAUGUCUACAGAUGCAUUCAUAUAAAUGAAAAAUCAGAUAUUUGGGCAUUGGGUAUUUUUCUCUACAAAUUGUUGUUUUACAUAACUCCGUUUGAAAGAACAGGCCAAUUCGCUAUUUUGCAUUCCAAAUAUGAAUUUCCACAACAUAGUUAUUCAAUGAAAUUAAUUAAUUUAAUAAUUAUUAUGUUGGCAGAAAACCCAAAUUUAAGACCUAAUAUAUAUCAAGUACUGGCAUACAUUUGCAAGAUAAUAAAUAUCAAGACUCCCAUUGACGAUAUCUACGGACUAGGCCCUUAUGACUUCCAAAAGUAUACUAACUAUCAGACUGCCCUACAAAAUUCCCAGAAUCAAAUGUAUCAGGUACAAAUAAGAAGUAUGCAAAACAGAGGUAUAUUAACUCUUAAAGAUGAAGCUUUGAUGAACUCAUUGUUUAUACAAAGUUUUGAGGUUGGACCAAAAAUUCCAACGAAUGUAGGAGCUUAUGGAUAUAACGAGAAUCCUUCGAUGAUUUCCAAUCAAACUAAUGGAAUCAGUAAUAGCGCGAACAUGUCACUGACUGAAAAAUUCAUUCAUGAAUUUCCAGAAGUUCCAGGCAUUGAUUCGCUUAACGGUAAUAUUGUAAAUAACGGUGUUGGUUCACAAAUUUCAACUACGGUUGAUUCAAACUCAAUCCCAGGUUUAAAUAAUUCUACUGGAGUGAAUCAUAAUAUUUCUAUUGCGAAUAUGAAUGAAAAUGGGAAGUCACCUAGCAUGGAUGAUGCAUCUGCUUUCUUCGAAGCUGUAAAUGGUAAUAAUUCCACAACAGUUCCAGAUCCUAAAGAUAUGAAUAUAAUUGAUUCGGUUGUUGAUCUAAGCCACAAACAACAUCUUUCUAGUAACCCAUUCCCUGCACUAUCUUCAUCCCCAACAUUGAAGACAAAUCCUAUUGAUUCAUUAUCCCAAGAGAAGUUCCGUCAACAACAGCAAUUCCAUCUCCACUCGCAGAAGCAUAUAUUAUCUGGUGGUAGCAAUAUCUCAUUCACCAGUUUUAACAGUACAUCUGUUCAAUACGGUGCCGACAAUAGAAACAGCACGGUUAUAUCAAUACCAUCUACAACUGUCAAUAAUGCGAAUCUAUCUGAAGUGAUUGAACCUGAGGUAAAUUUUGUUUCAUCACCUACGGACUCAUUAAGUAUGGGGAAUACAAUUUAUUAUUCUAACCCCUCGACUAAAUCUAGUAUAGCCAUUGGACAAGCAAUUAAAGAUGAGUUAAAAAACACAAAUGAAGUCGAGACACCAAUUGAUGAAGUAGCUGAACAAAAUACUAUAGAAGACAAUGAACCACAACCAUUGAAAAAAGACUUCUCAAAAUUGAUCUUAACCGAUGAGAUUGAAUUCGGCAAUGAUCAAAGUGAAUCAAAAGCCAAUACAGAGGCACCACAAUAA